CAGAGCUGGAUGUGGAGAUGGGACAGACUGUGCUCUGUGUGUUGGUCUUAUCCUGGAACAUUAUGUGACCAUGGUGAAGUGGAUCAGCAAGACAAAGACAUCUGUCAGGUGGUUGAACCGGGCCCAGAACAUUUCCAUCCUGACUGUGUGUGACACCACCACCGGAGCCUGCGUCACGCUACUACAGCGUUGGUGGAGUGGUCAUUGUCACCACUGAGAAGACUCAAAACAUACACCUGGAGCAGGACUGAUCAAGGAUGGCUUUCUUCCCUGGCAGUGAUCUUCACUGAGACAGAAGCUAGAUGAUGAGGAGGACCUUUACCAGAAAGUAACGGAUAAUUUUGUGCAGAAGGAGUGGCACAUGGACUUCAUUUAUCAAUAAAACGCUUAAUCCUGGAGCCUAUCCCAGCUGGCAUCGGCGAGAGGCGGGUACUGUAGUGUCAUUUUAAAGUCUGUGAUGUGCUACAAAGAAGGUAAAUGAAUAAGAUGCAGGCUGAAUGACUUUGACGUCAUGUUUGAUUAUAAGGUUGUAUUGAUCAUGAUGAUAUAUGGAAUAAUAAUACCUUUAGUUUGAUCAUGUUUGAUUAUAAGGUUGUGAUUCAAUUACAAUGAUAUGUCCGAUCAUAAUGUCAUUAGCUUGAUUACAACAUUAAGUUUGAUAUGAUGGGUCUUCACUAGGCACAUGCUACUAGAACACAAAGGGAGAGCACUGGAACCAAAAGUAUAUCUACUGUAUUCCUCACAAGAGCACGUGUGUAUGUAGAAGAUAGUUGUGCUUAUCGCACUUGGUAAAGUUAUUUUAAAGAAUAAUGAGCUUAAGAGUGGACUAGAAGAUAAGGGAGUAAAAUGGACGGGAGUAACCUUGUGAAACUAGGAGCCUAGGGAAAUUCCAAAACUACUGAUAAAUGCAGGUGUUUGAACCUGAGGAAAAAAUAGAAAAGGUAUUUGGAGUAGAUCACGAUGCUCCAGAGCCAUGUGGCACAUCUGGCAUCUAAGGCCACGUGGCUCAUCAACAGUGAUGAAGACAAUUUCUAAGGGUAUGAUUGGUUCAAAUAAGGGGCUGGUGAGGGUUUGCCCCAUGUAGGGGAAGGACAAGGGUGUGACUUGUGACGUCCCAAAGGUAUAAAAGAUGAGGACAGUAGCCCUCGCACCUCAGAGCGCGGUCGUGGUGACCAGUUUUUGUCCUGUGAUGCUGCUCUCAUUUUUUACCGGCAAUAAAGAUCAGUCUGAUGCUCAGCUUUAUUGGCCAGGUAUGUGAACACAUACAAGGAAUUUGACUCCGGUCACUUUGCUCAACGGUACAACAAAAAUAAAGAACAACACUAUAAGCAUAAAAAUAGAACGUAUGAAGGAAGAAUAGAAUUUCAAGAACAAGUAGGAAGAAAACAAAUAAAAAGCUUUUAUUUAAAUGAUACAUAUUCUCUCCACAAACAGGCCUAUUUUAUUUAUUUAUUUAUUUAUUUUAAUUAUUCCAUAAUUUAAUGAAGGUCCGCUAUCGGCGGGCGCGGUCAGCAGCAACAAGCUCAGCUGAAGACUGGAAGACUUUUGUUAGAGCACAUUGUUUUCUGACCUGUAGGUGUCUCCAUGAGUAUAAAGAAUGUAGUUACUAACUGUCCAUUCUGCUACAGGUUUAUUUCUAUCUACUGACAAUCAAUGACCUCAUCAUUUCUAUCUGAGACACCUUGAAAAGAGGAAACACAGCCUGAGGUUCAAACUAAACGUCUGCUGUUCAGUAGAUGACUAGUUUGAUGCUUUCAGCUUUCAGCACACAGCAGAGAAACAGUUUUGUUGCUGCACAAACUACUUGACUUUCUGAAGCAGACAUUUCUCUAAUGUAACAUUCUUCAUUGUUACUGUUUGAUAUUUACUCACUGCAUCAUACGACUAUGUACAUAGUGCAACAAAGUCUUGAUAACUAUUGAUCAGAAAUUAUCUUUUCAAGGAGUCAGACAUAAAAUGAUAUAAAGCAACAUGUGAAUAUCACUUCCAACACUCAUUGUCUAUGACCUCACAGUUUGACUAGUUCUACAUCAUCUUUACCAUCAAGAGUUAACAUAGUUUGUAUUAGCAGUAGCUGGACAGGAGGCGUCAACAUGUUAAACCCAGAGCAGUGGUCUGAGAUGUUGUGGGGGCUGGAUGUGAGGAUGAUCUCAUAUUGAUGUGAAGUGUAACUUCUUCUUUUAUCACGGUUCUUUCUUCCUCUUCAGAUGCUGCAGUUGUUGCUUCCUGGUAUGAAGUUGAAAUCUUUGUCUGAAGCAGAGUGACACGUUGUCAUUCACUGUUUCUCUUCAUAGACUGCAGUUCCAAGUUUCUCUUGAUACAAACAGGAAGUAUUUCUCAGGUACAACAACAGAGUGUCAGUGCUGGAUGUGAGGAUGAGACACACUUUUCUGUGUGUGCUGUUGUUGACCUUGUUGGAUACACUCCUCUACUGUGGACAUGCUCAAGAUGCUGUGCUGACUACUGACCCCUACUGGUCACCUUUGUUCACUGGAGAGUCUGUUACCUUCAUAUGUGACAUGAAGGAAGGAGGAGUCACUGACUGGGAUUAUAAAUUCAACAAGGAUGGUGGAGAAUUUACUCCCUACAACAUAGAUCAACGCUACACAUUAAAUUCUCUGUCUCCAGGUCACAGUGGUGAAUAUCAGUGCUGUGGUUCCCACAAGAGAUCACGUCAGACAAAGUGUAGUAAAAUUGUUACUUUAACUGUAUCUGCAUCAGAUAAACCCAAGGCCACACUGACAUCAGGACCAACAACCAUACCAGUAGGAGGCAGAGUGACACUGACCUGCUCUGUGGAGCCCUCUGCUGGAUGGAAAUAUGAGUGGUUCAGACGUAGCACAGACACCUCUGAAGUUCAAGCCAUAAAUGAUGGAGGAAACGGAGUUAUCAGUGUAUCACAAGGAGGAAUCUACUGGUGCAUAGGAGGAAGAGGAAGAAGAGGAGAACCAGUUUACUACACUGAUCACAGUGAUCCAGUCACCAUUGAGAUAAUCAUUUCCAACAAGACUGUUGUAACACGACAACACAACUGGCCUCAGAUAUUCAGAGGUGAGAAGAUCACUCUGACAUGUGAGGUCCAGGGAGGUGAAGACACUGAGUGGAAGUAUGAAUGGAGAAAACCCAGGUCAUCUACACACUGGACAGACAAUAAAUACUGGACUUUCACUGCUUCUGAGUCCAGCAGUGGAGACUACAUGUGUAGGAGUAGACUCAGAGAUGACUCAUAUUCUUCACAGAGUGGAUGUCUCUCAGUCAGAACAACAGAGUCAGUGCUGGAUGUGAGGAUGGGACAAACUUUUCUAUCUGUGCUGUUGUUGACCUUGACAAGCGUGUUCCUCUACUGUGGACAUGCACAAGAUGCUGUGCUGACUACUAACCCCUACUGGUCACCUUUGUUCAUUGGAGAGUCUGUUACCUUCACAUGUGACAUGAAGGAAGGAGGAGACACUGACUGGGAUUAUAAAUUCAACAGGAGUGAUCAACAAGUUCUCGCCUACGAAACACAAGUCUACAGAUUAAAUCGUCUGUCUACAAAUGACAGUGGUGAAUAUCAGUGCUGUGGUCGCCACAGGAUCUCAAAUGACACAAAGUGCAGUAAUACUGUCUCUUUAACUGUAUCAGAUAAACCCAGGGCCACACUGACAUCAGGACCAACAACCAUACCAGUAGGAGGCAGAGUGACACUGACCUGCUCUGUGGAGCCCUCUGCUGGAUGGAAAUAUGAGUGGUUCAAACGCAGCACAGACACUUCUGAAUAUCAAGUCAGAACAAAUGAUGGAGAAAACAGAUUCAUCAGUGUAUCACAAGCAGGAAUCUACCGGUGCCGAGGAGGAAGGGGAGGAAGAGGAGAAUCAGUUUACUACACUUAUCACAGUGAUCCAGUCACCAUUGAGAUAAUCAUUUCCAACAAGGCUGUUGUAACACGACAACACAACUGGCCUCAGAUAUUCAGAGGUGAGAAUAUCACUCUGACAUGUGAGGUCCAGGGAGGUGAAGACACUGAGUGGAUAUAUGGAUGGAAAUCACCCUGGUCAUCUAUACAGUGGACAAACAAUAAAAACUGGACUUUCACUGUGUAUGUGCCCAGAGGUGGAGACUAUAAUUGUAAGGGUAGACGCAGAGAUGACUCAUAUUCUUCAACAGAGUGGAGUAAAGCCAUCACAUUUUCAGUGUCAUUUGUAGUUCUCUAUACUUGCACCUGA